UAAAAAUAUACGUGGUGAAAUUUUUUCUUUAUCAUAAAUGCGUACAACUUACGAGAGCUGCUGGCACAACAUUCGAUUUUCUUGCAAAAGGUGAAACCUUUGAACAAAAAACUCUCAAAAUAUCGCCAAAGUUUUUGUCCAAGAAAAUGCCGAUGAAGGUUCUUGAUGCCACUGUGGAGAAUUUUCAAGACGUGUUUGAGGAAUUUAAGAGUGAAGCCCCAAAUAACAAGGCGAAUCUCAUACUUUUCUUGGCUGAUAAAGAUCCUUCGACCAAUCUCAGUUGGUGCCCUGAUUGUGUAAGAGCCGAACCAGUGAUAUACAAUAAACUCGAAGCUUGGCCUGAAAAUGUGGCUCUUUUGAAGGCAUAUGUUGGGGAUAGGCCGACUUGGAGAAACCCACUGCACCCUUUGAGGACUGACUCAAUUUUCAAGCUUAGAGGGGUCCCGACUUUGGUUCGAUGGGAAAAUGGAGGCAUCAAAGGCCGUCUUGAAGACAAUGAAGCCCAUUUGGAGAACAAAAUUCACACCCUUCUUUCUGGAAAUUAAAUAAUUUUCUUCAUUUUUAUUUUAUUUUAUUUUUU